AUGGCUGGUGCAAGUGAGGAAGGUGUGGCUGUGGAGCAGACUGUACCUCCAGCGGUUAUGGAAGGCCGCAAGCGCGGUUUAAGCGGGUCAAUGUCGCUGAGGACCCGUAAGUUGGGAAGGCGCCUCUCACGCAGCAUGUCUAUUGUAGCGUUGAAGCUACCAGAGAAGGCACAAAGCAUAACCCGCUCUUCUUCAAAGCUCAUGCGAUCUGGCAGUCGAGACAAGAAAAACAGAUCAUUUGAACUUUCCGUCAUACUGCCUGACAAAACUCAAAAGCAGGUAAAGAUAAAAGUUAUUAAUAGA